GAACAACCGAAAGAGACGUGUAACAACGUCACUCUCGUUGAAAUAGAGGAAAUUAUAAUCGAUGGGUAACCAACGCAUUGAUGGGCAGCAGACGACGCAGAGCCCCCUCCUCUGUUUUGACCAUAAAGCAAAAACCUCCAUGUCGACCACCAUUUUACCGGCGCACAUGGACCUUCGAACCUCGUUGUAGCCCAGGACGACAGAGGCAGAGACGACAAAGAACGGCCACUCCCAAAACAGGACGGAGACCGACGGCGUCGGAGAGUGAAACCGAGAGCCCUCCUUCCUGUUCGCGUGUUUUUUCUGGGAGAUGGAGAAUGCUCCGAGAAAAAUCCCAGAUUUCUUCAAAGUGUACAGGCCAGAACAUAGCUCUCAGAGAAUGCGCAUUCCUAAUGGUUUCCUGGCGCGGCUAGAUGGGCCACUAUCAGGAGAGAUCCUCCUGAGGCGUCGCAUGGGGCGGCAAUGGCGUGUGAAGGUGAUUUUGGAGGCACGGGAUGCCUAUUUUGAAGACGGCUGGCAAGAAUUUGUGCGGGACAACCUAGUCGAGAUGAAUGACUUUAUGGUUUUCUCCUAUCGGAGUCACAGUGUGUUCAAUGUUGUUAUCUUUGGGCACUCCGCGUGUGAGAAGAAAGAGUGCGCCCUCCCUGAGGAGGUAGGAGAAGGAUGUGAAGUCCGUGAGCGUGACGAUAAGGACUGCGAGGAGGAGGAACAUGAAGGCAGGAGGAAACGGUCCAAAAAAGAAGGGAUCUUUAGCAAGAGGAAAGCUGAUGAUGAAGAUCCUAUCGAUGUGGAGAGGUACAUCGACCCCAAAAAUCCGUAUUUCGUGACAAGGAUCCGAACUCUUAGAAAAGCUCGCUUGUACUUUCCAUACACUGUGCUAAACGAUUAUGAACUCGAGUUACCUCAAGCUGUUGAGUUCCAAGAUCCCACGGGGAGGACAUGGAGAGGGAGGCCUAAGGUGUGGAAAGAUGGCCGCAUCUGGAUCUGUGGCUGGGGGGCCUUAUGUCGCCAUAACAAUUUGAAGAAGAACGACCGGUGUAUAUGUGAGCUUCUGGAGAAAGGAGGAGUCGCCGGUCGCAUCAUUAAGGUUCACAUCAUAAGAGGCGACAAUACCUGAAAACCCCAGCUCGUGGCCCCCAAUCUGAUCUGGGACUUUGGCUAGUUUUGCAACAGAUCUGUUCUGGAGCCAACCCCACUCACCUUAUCCUUUCUCUAUCUCCCAUUCCUCCACAUACGAAGUCUCACUUUGCUUCCCUCCAUUUAGUUCUACAAGCUCAGAGAAAAAACCUCCACUUAAAAACAGGUAAUUGAACAUUCUCAACCAGAAAUAGGCACACCCAUUGUCUUCCCCAGAAAGGUCCUAGCUCUUCUCACUGCUGUGAAAUAUUCUCGAUUUCUAAUUAGACUGUGGAAUUCCAGGAAAUGGCGACCGCCUCUGCUACCAUCGCUCCCGAGGCACUCGCCGCCUCUGCCUCUGCCAUGAGCAAAA